AUGGCGAACAGUGGCGGCGCCGGGGCGGCGGCGCCGGCGGCGACGACGGCGGCGAACAUGAAUGCGGUGAGGGAGACCAUGGACGUUCUGCUUGAGAUUUCCAGAAUUUUGAAUACUGGCUUAGAUAUGGAAACUUUGUCUAUUUGUGUACGGCUUUGUGAACAAGGAAUUAACCCAGAAGCUUUAUCAUCGGUUGUUAAGGAGCUUCGCAAGGCUACUGAAGCACUAAAGGCUGCUGAAAAUAUGACAAGCUGACUUUCUGGAGAAAUUCUGAUGAGAUAUGUCAAGCUCUGCAGGAGGAUUUGAAGAUUGCUUUGUAGUCAAGAAUGUACAAUGAAAUUACUGCAUGCAUCAGUGUAGAAAAAUUUUCCUUUUUAUAAGAAUUAUAAAACCAUAGCUUUAUAAAUCAGUGGAAAGUGGCUUACAGAG